UGAUGCUUGCCUGGUGCAUCUAUUUAUAAGCAGCUGCAUUUUCUGGUUUUAUAAUAUUCUUUUGAAGAAUAUGUAGUGAGACAAAAGUCUUCUUACUUUCACUUAUUUGCUUCAUUUCCUUCUUUUGAUGCCGACGCUAAAUACUGCAAGCAGUGGUAGAACUUAGCCACCGUUCACCGAGAUUAGCGAUCUUCCGACGGAGGAAUCUUCCAAGACGGAUGCACCGUAUAGUCCGUUCGUUCGGAUCGCGCCACCGUACCGUAUGACGCAAGGAACGCCAACUCGCGGAGGGCACGGAAAUGGAGGACCCUGUCGUCCAUUUCGUCCCAGUCAGUCCUACGACCUCGAAUGUUCCGAACGAGGCCUCGCUCGAAUCGUCUGGUGAUUACUGACGGGACUGGAAAAGUGCUCGAGGCUCUGUCGUCUUCGCGAGAAGCUCAAAUCGGUUCGUACAGGGCAUUCGGUUCGUGACACGGAGGUGAAAUCUGCGAGGAAUUCGUGGAAGAAGCAGUUUGAGGUCGGAGACAUCUGCGCUGCCCUGUGUGUUCGUGUUGAGGUGUUGGACAGGAUCGUUCUCGGUGUGUUCGGAUCCAGGGUUUUCGGUUGGAAUUUUAUCUUGAGGCUCGAUUUCAGGGUUCGAAAAUUAGUCGCCCUGGCAGCCCCAGUAGCGGAAAUGGCCUCUCCCUUGGUCGCCGGACUGUCGGUAGCCGUCGCAGCGUUGGCUGGCAAGUAUGGAAUUGAGGCGUAUCAAGCAUUCAAGUUGCGACCUGCCACUCCUCGCCUACGCAAAUUUUACGAAGGAGGUUUUCAGCCCGUGAUGACUCGCAGGGAGGCCGCUCUAAUUCUUGGUGUCAGGGAAUCUGUAGCUCAGGAUAAAAUAAAAGAGGCACACAGGCGAGUGAUGACAGCAAAUCAUCCUGAUGCUGGUGGCAGUGACUACUUGGCGGCUAAGAUCAAUGAAGCUAAAGACCACUUACUAGGGCAAACAAGGGGAAGCGGUUCAGCAUUUUAAUCUGUCCGUGUGAAAAUUAUUUUUUUGUAGAGAAUUAAUACCACUUUAGGAACGGUCAUGGUUGGACUGUAUAUCGAGCUUUAGGAUUGCAAUGUAGACUGAAAGGGCAUGAAAUCACCAGUACAAUAUGAAUUUGACAAUGCCAUUAUAAAUAAAUACUGCGACUGUGUCACGUGCUGGUGCUGUGCUGAAAGGCAUCAUCACUAUCACAACUUUUUCGAGUCGUCCGAUUCAAACUUUGUUAUCUUCCGUAGCUGAAGGACUUCCGAUUGUGUCUGAAACGUUUUCGUCAGGGUUUUGACAAAAAA